GGACGGAAAGGACCCGAAGCUGUGAUUACAACAAACUUAGAAAUCAGAAGUAUUGGUCCCAUCUCUGAGCUCGAUAUGGAAUUUUCAUUAGACUGUUAUUUCCGUCAGAAAUGGUUAGACAAAAGGCUGGAAUUUUCCGGUCCUUCAAAGUUCUUAAGCCUUAAUAUAAAUAUGUUGGACAAGAUCUGGAAGCCGGAUACUUAUUUCCAUACGGGAAAGGGAUCUCAUUUGCAUACCAUAACGCGUCCCAAUAAAUUCCUCCGCAUCUCACAAAACGGUGGAGUCCUUUACUCUAUG